UUAAGCAAUGCCUCAAUGCUUUUACAUUCAAAAUUUUGAACAUUAAUAUUAAAUAUUUAUUUUUUGCUUUGUACUUUGGAAGUUUAUUUUCAAUAUUUAUGAAACCAUAUGCAACUUAGAAUUGAAUUGUUUUUAUAACGAGUUUCUAUAAUGUCGAAAAUAUUUACUCCAACUAAUCAAAUUCGUCUCACUAAUGUAGCUGUCGUUCGGAUGAAGAAAAAUGGUAAACGAUUCGAAAUAGCAUGCUAUAAGAAUAAAGUAGUUUCGUGGAGAAAUGGCAUUGAAAAAGAUAUUGAUGAGGUGUUACAAACACACUCKGUGUUCACUAACGUAUCCAAAGGCCAAGUGGCCAAAAAGGAAGAUUUACAAAAGAUUUUUGACACUGAGAACACUACCGAUAUUUGCAAACAUAUAUUAGAGAAAGGAGAGUUACAGAUUUCUGAUAAAGAAAGAUCAGCUCAAUUGGAUGCGUCUUAUAAAGAUAUUGCCACUAUUGUUGCGGGUAUAAUAAAUAAAUAA